AUGUGCGCCUAUUACCCCCCGGAAGCUGGGGGUUUACCACCUGCACCCACCGCGAAUUCGCCGGUAGCUGGCAGACUUGUACGGGGAAAUGAACUAACUUCAUGCAAUGGAAAGCAGGUUUCUCUUCUCGGCACCUUAGUGCAACUUCAGGGAACUGUUGCUUCCGUUCGUUCUGUUGAUGGUGUAGAGGUAUCUUGCACGUUAGCGUGCGCACCAACGGCUGCCUUGCAGAGCGCAGUAAUCAUCUGUGGAGAGGCUCAGGGGAAUUCUUUAGUAAAUUGUUUUCGAGUUGUUCCUUUAGGAGGAGAUAUCGAUAAUGAAACUGCUGAUAAAGUUCUCUCCUUGAUGCAACACCCCGCCCUAGCCGAUCUCUACACAGCGCCUUCAAUGCCGCCUCCCCCGUAG